AUGCAGCACAGCCUUAAAGCUACACCCACCUCCUGCAGCCCAGCGGUCCAAGACCCUUCUGAAGUGGAACGGUGCCACAAAUGGACACCGGAUGAGACCCAGGUGGACCGAUACAGGUGCAAAGCAACACUCUGCAAAACUAGCACAUCUCCAGCACCACCGGGCCACACGCGGCCCACACUGUCAUGUAAAAAGGGACCCCCCAGAAACCACAGAGAAAUCACCUUUGUGCAUCGGAGAGGCAGGCGGCAGCGGGACAUGGAACCCAUAGAGACACCGACUCUCCUGCCGACCCCGGGCGGGAAAUGCUAG